UUAGCAAUUGGGCUUCGACCGUCUCAGGAACCCAACUAAAAAAAAAAUCAUCUUAUUGAUUUAGGUCGUUAAGUCUGUUUUGCCCUUGUCUUAUAUCAUAAAUUACUAAAUUACCCUUCAGCCAUUUCAUCUGUUUCUCUCUUGCCGUUUUCUAAAACCCUAGCAAAACUUGUUGAACCCCCACACUGAAAUUUCUUCUUUCUUUUUCAUUGUCUCAUCUCAAAGCACAGAGAUUGAUUAAACCUAAUUGUCUCCGUUCUUCCACAAAUCUCAUAACCCUCUUCAUAUGCUCGGAGAAAAAAAAAAUGUCAAAGUUAAAGCCUUUGAGUAAAUCAUCGCAGGACUUGAGUCUUCUCACAUCUGAUAUCGCAUCAUUCGCUUCUUCUAUCGGCUUAGCUUCAUCUCUUCCUUCUUCUGGUUUCAACGAUACUGAUUUCCGAAAACCCGCUAAAUCCCAAACCCAGAAACGGAAAAAACCUAAGAAGGAUCAGAAACACAAGAAUGAAGUUAAAGAAGGAGAGCCAAAUUCGAACAUUGGGAAUGAAGAGGGAAACGCUUUUGGAGCGAGUAAGCAAAACAAAGAUGCGCCAGUGAAGCAAACGAUACAACCGAAGCCAAAGCCUGGAUUUUUAUCGAUUGAUGAUGAGAGUACUGGGAUUAAGGCCAAACGUUUCGAUGAAUUCAAGAGUUUGCCUAAGUUACCAUUGGUGAAAGCGAGUUUAUUGAGCUCGGAAUGGUACAAUGAUGCAGCGGAGCUUGAGGAGAAGGUGUUUGGUGGCAGGAAAGUGGCGGUGACGAAUAAGGAGGAUUUUAAGGGUGUGGUGGAGAAGAAGAGAGAAUUAGGAGAGAGAUUGAUGUGGCAAUACGCAGAGGACUUUGUAAUUUCGAAGGGAAAGAGUGGAGAUAUGAAGAUGGUGAUUUCUGCUCAAAAGUCUGGGACAGUAGCUGAUAAAAUCACUGCCUUUGAGAUCAUGGUUGGAGAGAAUCCCAUUGCAAAUAUGAGGUCUCUUGAUGCCUUAUUGGGAAUGGUGACCUCAAAAGUUGGAAAAAGAUUUGCAUUUAAGGGUCUUAAGGCUCUAUCAGAAAUUUUGAUCAGGUUAUUACCUGAUCGCAAGCUGAAGACACUUUUACAGCGACCCUUAAACAGGAUUCCGGAAAAUAAGGAUGGUUACUCGCUUUUGCUGUUUUGGUACUGGGAGGAUUGCUUGAAACAGAGGUAUGAGCGCUUCGUCACAGCCCUUGAUGAAUCAUCUAAAGAUAUGCUUCCAGAGCUUAAAGACAAGGCUUUGAAGACAAUAUAUUUCAUGUUGACAAGCAAAUCAGAACAAGAGCGGAAAUUGCUAGUGUCAUUGGUGAACAAGUUGGGGGAUCCUCAAAACAAGAGUGCAUCUAAUGCUGAUUAUCACCUGACAAAUCUUUUGGCGGAUCAUCCUAACAUGAAGGCUGUGGUUAUAGAUGAAGUUGACUCCUUUCUCUUCCGACCCCAUCUUGGGUUACGUGCAAAAUAUCAUGCUGUUAACUUUUUGAGUCAGAUCCGAUUGAGCCACAAAGGAGAGGAUCCGAAGGUGGCAAAACGUCUAAUUGAUGUAUAUUUUGCCUUAUUUAAGGUUUUAACUACAGAAGCAAAUAGGAAACAAGGCGCAGAUGACAAAGGAGCCGCUGAUAAGAAAAAAUCCAACCCAAAGGACACAAAACAAGAAGUGGCAACUGAUUCACCUAUUGAGUUGGAUUCAAGAAUUCUAUCAGCUCUACUGACGGGAGUUAACAGAGCUUUUCCAUAUGUUUCCACUGAUGAGGCUGAUGAUAUAAUUGAAUCCCAGACGCCGGUGCUGUUCAAACUGGUACACUCGGCGAAUUUCAAUGUGGGAGUUCAAUCACUGAUGCUUCUUGACAAGAUCUCAUCCAAGAAUAAGAUUGUUAGUGACAGGUUUUACCGUGCACUGUACUCGAAACUUCUACUCCCUUCCGCAAUGAAUUCUUCCAAGGUUGAAAUGUUUAUUGGGCUUCUUCUCAGAGCCAUGAAAAAUGAUAUAAAUGUCAAGCGUGUGGCUGCAUUCUCCAAAAGAGUCUUGCAGGUUGCGCUUCAACAGCCACCACAGUAUGCCUGUGGAUGCCUUUUCCUAUUGUCUGAAGUGUUAAAAGCAAGGCCACCUCUAUGGAAGAUGGUGGUCCAGAGGGAAUCAGUUGAGGAAGAAGAAGAUGUAGAACAUUUUGAGGAUGUGAUAGAGGGAGAUGAUAUUGAUCCCAAUAAGAAAGCAGAGAAUGAUGAGAACGAUGUUGAAGUUGAUCAUGAUGGUGGCGAAAAGACAAGUAGAGAUGGUGAUUCUUCUUCAGAUGAAGAAGAGGCUUUGGCAGUCAGGCAAUCUGAUGAAGAAGAUGAUUAUGCUUCUGAUGAUUCUGAAGAGCUAAUUAGAAACGAAACUCCCCAGCUUCAAGAAACCAUGGAGGUUUCUAAUGAUAUGGAAAAAAGAAGUCAACCGCUUGUGAAAUCGAGUUCUCUUCCUGGAGGAUAUGAUCCUCGUCAUAGAGAACCUUCUUACUGUAACGCAGACCGUGCAAGUUGGUGGGAGUUGGUGGUUCUUUCAAAACAUGCUCACCCCUCGGUUGCUACAAUGGCGGGAACCCUUCUCUCAGGAACAAAUAUUGUUUACAACGGAAACCCGCUGAACGAUUUAUCUCUAACUGCUUUCUUGGAUAAAUUCAUGGAGAAGAAACCAAAGCAAAACACUUGGCAUGGUGGUUCCCAGAUCGAACCUUCCAAGAAGCUUGACAUGUCAAACCGUGUGAUUGGAGCUGAGAUUCUCUCAUUAGCAGAAGGAGAUGUGGCUCCUGAAGAUCUAGUCUUCCACAAGUUCUAUGUGAACAAGAUGAACAGUACGAAGCAGUCAAAGAAAAAGAAGAAGAAGAAGAAGCUACCUGAAGAAGAAGCUGCUGAAGAACUUUACGAUGUGAAUGAUGGUGAUGGUGGAGAAAACUACGGUAGUGAUGUUGAAUUCGAGGGUAGUGAUGAGAGUGACAAUGAGGAGAUUGAGAAUAUGCUGGAUGAUGUUGAUGAUAAUGCUGUGGAAGAAGAGGGGGGUGAAUAUGACUAUGAUGAUCUAGAUGGAGUAGCCGGCGAGGAUGAUGAAGAGCUCGUGGCUGAUGUGAGCGAUGCAGAGAUGGACACAGACAUGGACAUGGACCUGAUUGAUGGGGAAGAUGUUGAUGAUGGUGAUAGUGAUGGUGAUGAUGAUAGUGAUGGUGAUGAUGGUCGUGGUAAGAAGAAAAAGAAAGAGAAAAGAAAACGGAAAUCUCCAUUUGCGAGUCUUGAAGAGUACGAGCAUUUGAUAGACCAAGACGAGAAGGAUAAUUCGAAGUCUAAAAGAAAAGCAACAUCAGAGCCCACAAAGAAGAAGAAAAAGAAGAAGACCAAAGCAUCAGAGUAAGAAGCAAGACUUGUUGCUUGCUAUGCAAGGCUCCUUGUGUUGUUGAGUAUUAAUAUACUGAAACGCUGGAGAUAAUCACUCCAAUUUUGUGACGUUUGUUUUUCUUUUUCUUUUUUUCUACUUUAUGUUUUCAUCCUUGAAGAAAAUUAUUGUACGAUUAUGUUUUAAUUUAAUCACUUGAAACUAUUGUUCAAAUAUCACAAAUUUUGAGUGUUUUUUU